AUGAGCUGGAUCGAGUCGAGCGUACUCGAUGCUCCCCCGAGGCUCGCAGCCCUCGCCCGCCCGCUCGCGUCGGCCGUCGGCCUCGAGGCCCUCCCUCCCGUCGUCCACCUCGCCUUGGCAUCCUGCGUCGCCUCGUUCGUGCUCCAGCGCGUCAGCUCGGCCGUCAGCCCAACACUCUUCAGGAGCUACUACCCGACCUCGCGCGGCAAGCAGCAGGACUGGGACCUGCACAUGGUCGGGUGGGUGUACGCCUUUGUCGCGGCCCCGCUCGCGUUCCACCUCCUGCGCCACCCGUCCAAGCAGGUCGUCGCCGACCAGCUCACCGGCGUCGCCCUCCCCGAACAGCGCCUGAGCGCCAUCGCCGUCGGCUACUUCAUCUGGGACUCGUUCGUCACGGCGCGCCACAUCCGCACGCAGGGCUUUGGCUUCUUCCUGCACGGCGCCGUGUGCCUGUGCGCCUUCCUCUUCACUCUCAAGCCGUUCGUCAUCUGGUGUGGUCCGGCGUUCCUCAUCUGGGAGUUCUCGUCGAUCUUCCUCAACGCGCACUGGCUCCUCGACAAGCUCCACAUGACGGGCUCGAUCCCGCAAAUGGUCAACGGCGCCUUCCUCGUCCUCUCGUACAUCGUCGUCCGCCUCGUCUUUGGCACGUACAACUCGUUCAAGCUGUGGAACCUGCUCGUGCCGACUCCGACGAGCGCGCUCGCCGCCAAGGCGCUCGACGACGCCGGCCUCAUCCGGUGGAUGUACCUCGGGCUCAACAUUGCCGCCAACGGGCUCAACUUUUACUGGUUCCGCCUGAUGAUCCUCGCGCUGCGCAAGCGGUUCGUCCCCUCGCCCUCGUCCAAGUCGGCGUCCAAGGCGCAGCGCAAGCCCGUCCCGGUCGACGGCCGGCUCGGUGAGGGGCAGGAGAGGAGGGUCAAGGGCGAGUGA